AUUCGUCUUCCCAACCAACAAGGCCAACGAGGCAACUUCUUUCAUGGCCUCGCAUCAUAUUUCGCUGGCCAAAGCCGCAUUUGGCGCGUCUUUGUUUCGUGCCGAUGUCACCAAAGUAACCCGAGAGGACUUGACAAAAUUUCAUGAUGUCUUCGAUGCCACUCUCGCUUGCUGUUCCAGGCAGAAUAUUCAGGUCUGAAUGAGUCCAGCAUGACUCUGAAAUUCAUGGAUUAGAUUGACUGAAGACUUAUAGACAUGCAAGGAAUGGCUUCUCGAAAAUGUAGUAGUAUCUUCAGCAAGGACUGCUGCAUUUGGAAAAUUCCUGGCCUCGGUCUCUAAACAUCUUACAUCGUCAGCGAACGACAAUGCGAGCCACAGUCUACAAAGACGACGACUACAUAUCAUAUACCUGCUGAAUGACCUUCUACAUCAUGGAAAAUACCACACAUCCGAGUCCCACUAUCAGACCAAUCUUACAGAGUCUUUGGGACCUUACCUACAUGAAAUGUUUCAAUUAGCUGCCAAAGAGGCAAAAACAAAAGUCACAAGGCGACUGCAAGAUAUCGUAAAGAUAUGGAAAGAGGCAGGCUACUUCAAAGAUAAUGUCCUUCUGAAAUUGUUGGAUCCCGCAGACGUGAAGACUCAGGAGACUGUACAUGAAACCCAAGGACAGGCAAAAGGCGGCAGUUGCAGCAAAGAAUCGCCAUUCAUACUUCCAGCUACGCAUGGAGAUCCUUCAGCUCCCUUUUGGGAUUUACCGGCAGGAAAUCUUAUGCCGCAUAUCGUGCCGAAUAGUUUACAGCCUAUCCGCUCCGAGCAAAUGCGCGCAUUGCAGCUUUCAUCUGGCCCAGCUGACGACAGUCUCGUCAAUGCCUUGAAAGACUUCUUAGAAGAUGUCAAAAGUAUGGACGAUGCCAUUUCUGAGCUCGAGGACAAGGGUGUGAAAGUUGAUGUCGAUGACAUGGGUCAGAUAUCAUAUCGCAGCGAGACUGGGGACCUUGUCGGCGACACUUACUACGGCUGGUCUCGAUCCUUUUGCGAAAAAAUGAGAAAGCGGGACUUAUCUGAGGAUGGUGCUUCCCAAAGCAGUCGCUCACGAGAUUCACGCAGAAGCCGUAGUCGCGUUGCUUACAAACGACGACGUUAUAGCGACUCCAGUGAUGACCGAUCGAUGCGGUCCUCCAGCAGAUCACUCUCCAGACACCGAAAUGAAAAUGACCGACGCCGUCCGAGCACGAGUAGAAGCCGAGAUUACAGCCCUGCACCUGCUCUACAGAAGAAGAGCCAUACGUCGAAUACUGAAGGAUGCCGUUUGCAUAUAGGCAAUCUCCCCUACGCGGCAACUGAAUCUGACCUCAAGUCAUUCUUUAUGGAUUACGAUGUUGCCUCGGUCUUUCUUCCCAUCAACCCACGAACCAAUCGACCUGCGGGUUAUGGCUUCGUCAAUCUACAAACUGCUUCUCAAGCAGAAAAUGCGAGUCGAAGCCUCUCUGGAAAGGAAAUUCUAGAUCGGAAAGUCUCGGUACAGAUUGCUCGCCCGUCCGACCAAGCUGGUCACAACGACGAUGGUCUGCGAUCAAGAUCUCCUCCAUAUCCACACAAUGGAGGUUUCCACGCAUUUGGCCAACCGCAGCGAUCAGAUUUGAUACCUCCAGUAAACAGCGCGCCUCUCCUUCCUCCUCAUCCAUUGGAUCAGGCCUACCCAAGACCACCGCCUUUCCAACCUGGAAGCUUUCCUGUACCGCCACCGAACUGGCAAGGCCCGUGGCCUCCUCCACCUCCUCCGCCGCCGUCUUAUCUCGCGGGAAAUCCGCCUUUCAGCUCGCUUCCAUUGCUACCUCCACCAGCCCCGUCAACCUUCCCACCUCAGUCAGAUACCUGGUCAUCGUACGCACCUCCGUCGCAGUCAUCUCAUCGGAACGACAGGGGAGGGCCACGUUAGUAGAGUUGAAUAAGACCUUGUCGCACCAUUAAGACGGCUUCCACAUAAUAAUCAUGACAUGCAAUGUUUAUUGGCUAGGACCGGGCUUAUGUGUACGACAGUGGGACAUUACAAUAAAGCUGCGGCAUUGGCGUUAGACUAAGACUGCAGUGGCUUGUGGUGCCGCUCUUUCGGACAGCAGGAAAGGCCUCUCUCUGUGCCUACACGGGAAGUCUUCUCCAAUAAUUGAAAGGACUGGCUGCAGGAGAGGGCUCAUCUGAAUCAUACCUAUUGGGGGGGACGGGAAAAAUCAUUAUGUCCUCGCAGAUAUGCUUCCGCUCCGUCAUGUCGUACUCGUAUGUGUGCUUCUCUCUGCCAUGCGACUUUUUUUUACCUUACUCGUACGACAAAUAACAGUUCGCAAUACUUUUUCUUGAAGUAUGCGGUAUGGAUAUCUAUGGGUACUCGUCUGAACAUUCUCAUCAUCGGUUGGUUCGGCGCAAUGUUCAAGGCCCCGAGGUAGAAAAUGGUGAGUUGUUGUGGUCGGUGCGCAUACUUGUUCAGACUCACGUACACGUUAUUCUCGUUGGUAUUUGCGCUUUGAACUGUCAUGCGUAUCAAGUGGGGAUGUUUUCUUCCCGAUCACGUCUUGGUUGCAUCAAAUGGCUAUUGCCACUCGGGAGGUCUUGACUCGAUGUUGACAACUGGUUCCAGACUCCCAUAAAGUGAGACUGAAGUGAUGUUCCGUGACCCAUACUCGUGCCUAAGGUUCUCGUAGGAGUGACGAGUCAUCUGAAGAGUGAUCUACAAGGGUUCUGCACUGUAGUGGUCGUGCGACAGAUGGGAAAAUGAAAAUUGCCAUGAUGAUGUCGAUGGAUAAGGGUCCUUUGUCCAUGUUCAUGAGGUCAGUUGUACGAGUACGAGCUUGACGAGUUGCAGGCGCAAGGCUGGGAAGACAAGGCAGCAAAUCAACGAGCAGCUUUGGGGUUUCAGAAAUGCUUGUCCGACGUCAUACGUUGAAUCUUCCCAACCUUACUG